AUGAAUGGGUGUGAUGAUGUUCACUCUUUGCUGAAACCGAAAUUUCGCAAGGAAGCGCUAUGGUCGGAAGACGACAUCUGCAAACUUGUUCGAUUGUAUAAAAAUUCACCAUGUCUAUGGAGGAAAGACAUACCUGCCUAUGCAGACAAUAUUGCGCGACAUCGCGCGUAUCGAAGUAUACACCAAAGUUUGAAUAUGCCACGUGUUACAUUCACCGAUGUUAUGAUGAAGAUUCGAGAAACUCGGCGUCUAUAUCUUAACGAGCUGAUAAAAUCGGUUACCGGACAAGUUUCCGGAUGUAUGCACAAACCGGAACAGACCUGGUUCACCGUCAUGCACGAGUUUCUUCAUCGAUACUUGGACUACGAUGAAUCUGCUGAGUUACACGAUGCGAUUUGUAGCAUGGGCUGGAACGUCGGUCUCAAUGAUUACAAGCGCAUACUUAAAAGUCUUAAUUUAGACAAUUUGAGUCCACCAUCCGCAGGAGACCCAAGAAGCGAAGAGCAAUGCUCAAACAGCAGGGAUGUGCGUAAAGACAAAAGUCCUUACUCCGUGUCGGAAGAGGAAUGCCUCCGUACAAAUUGGCUUCCACAAUCCAAGGAUGAAACUUUUAGUCCAUCAUGUUCGCCUACCUCAAUAUCACGUCAUCGCAAUACUGCCGUUUCUCUGCUAGAUAAAACCACGUGCAGGUCUUCGCGAGUAGAACAUCGCUCACCUCUGAUGUCGUGGAUUCAUUCUGCGCGAAACAAGGAUUCCCCGUUGUCCGAUUAUUGUUCGGAAAAUAGUGCUUCAAACCUGUCAAAGUCAGGUGUUCAGUUCAGUUUGUACAGCGAUUCUUUACUCUCUGAAAAAUCCUCUUCAACGACUGUUUGUGAGACAUGGGCGGAUUACACUUGCAAUCCUGAAAAAAAGCUUACCUCGUGUGGAGUGCAGUGGAAUAGUUUGGAAAGUAAGGUGAUAUUAAUCGGUAGAUAGUAUACGCGAUUAUACACGUCAUUCAAUAGACUGCAACAACAUUAUUAUUGCAAAAAGCAAGGCUCUUUAUUAACGGACGAUGCAACGUGCACGAAAACCAAAAAUGUGGCAAUUUCGGCACAGUACGAUGAA